CCCCGCCCGGCAGCCUAGAAAAGCGGGGCCGGGCGGCGGGGUUCGUUCGGCGGCGCCGAGGUGUCCCGCGGCCGGCCGGCCAUGAAGAAGGCGGUGCCGCAGGCGGCCGCGCUGCUGCUGGAGAAGCUGCUGCUCCUCGCGCACCUCCGGCCGCUGCCCGCCGCCGAUACCGACCGGGGGGAGCCGCCGGCACCGCCGUCGCCCCCGCCGCCGGCCGCCGGGUGCUUGCAGCGGGGCGACCUGCUGGAGGUGCCGCGCACCCUCUUCGUCCACUUCGGCAUCUACCUGGGCGAGAACCGCGUGGCCCACCUGAUGCCCGACAUCCUGCCCGCCCUCACCGACGACCGGCGGCAGAUCCAGCGGGUGGUGACCAACAAGCGCCUCAUCCUAGGCGUCGUCACCAAGACGGCCAGCAUCCGCGUGGACACGGUGGAGGACUUUGCCUACGGCGGCAGCAUCCUGGUCAACCACAUGGACCGGCUCUUCAAGGACCGCCUGCUGGGCAGCGAGGAGGCCGCCCGCCGCGCCGAGAAGCUGGUGGGAGCCACGGCCUACAGCCUGCUCUGGAACAACUGUGAGCACUUCGUCACCUACUGCCGCUACGGCGCCCCGGUCAGCCUGCAGACCGACAAGUUCUGCGAGACUGUGAAGAUGAUCAUCCGUGACCAGAGGAGCGUGCUCGCCUCGGUGCUGGUGGGCUUGGCAGCGGUGGUCUGCCUGGGCCUGGCGCCCUCCACCACGCUGCCCACCAUCCUCGUUACCUUCUUGCUGUGGAUGGCGGGCUGACGGCCUUCCCGAGGGCCCGCGGACAGCACCUGUAUAUAGGAUGUACACUACUGUAUUUAUAAAAGCACAAAUUACUCACCGGCGUUGUGUAACGUUUCUUAACCUCGCAUGCUGUUUUCCAGGACCACUGUGUCUGGCAUACAGUGUGCGAGGCAUAGCUUACUGUGUAAGCCGAAUACUAGAUUUCCUGAAAAUCUCAGUCGGUACAUUCUUGCACACCCUUAAAAUCACUAAAAAGUAGGGGUGCGAUGCAGUUCUGCUCCUUGCCUUUAGCUGUAAUUGAUUCUGCCAAUAUCCUUCACGUGCUUUAAUUUCUUAGCUGCGUACCUGGGUGCCUCAGCUAUUGAUAAAAAUGGAUGAUGCAGUGCCACAAAGCGGUGGAUAUUGAGAACAAACUACUUGCCUCUUACUUUGACAGAUAUGCUUAAUAUUCAAAAGUUACUGUCCGUUUUAAAAUAUCCUUUAGGGGAGAUACAAGUAGAUAAACUGCCUCUCUCUGAUAGCCAAAAGCAGCCCUCGCCUGGGUGCUCUGUGCUGCAGUAGUGCAUCUGGCUGUGGUCCUCUGAGUUCCCCUCUGGGAAGUGCUCACAAAUCUCUAAUUUGUAUUGAUUGCAUAAACACUUGCUACGUAUCAAACAACGUUAAAGGAAAGCCUGCAAUUCCUCAGCAUUCACCUUGCUGCUGGUGGUGGUUGGUGUGGCUACAGAGGGGUUCUCAGUGGUACAGGAGUAAAUCAGUUUGCUUUUUGAAAGCUAGUGACAUAUAAAUAUUGCAGAUUUCCAGUCUUUCAGGGCAUGUGGCUGGGAGGAGGAGGAAAACAAAUAUGAAUGCCCAUCUAGUUCCCACUUUCCCACAGUAAUUGGAACUACGUGGGUGCUGUAAGGCAUCGGGCAUUGUUGGCGCGGUUCCUGUGGUCACUGUAUCGUUUUGGAUAUUGCCUUAAACCAGGAUGCCUCUUUGUGAGAGAAGAUAGCUUUUUAUACUUGUCUCUUGCAAAUGAGUUGUAAGCCAACAGUCGGUGCUAAAAAUCUCCAAUGUCGAUGCCUUUUUGUUUAUCAAGAAUGUGUAAAGCUGGAUUUGAAAUCAAGUUCAUCUAACCAAUUGUUUCAGUGCUAAAAAACAUUGUUUUGUUGUCAUUUUUCUUUGUCUACGUCUUAAUAUAUGCAGCGAAAUUGUUCAGUUCCUGGAAUGGCUUGCUAUACCCGCACUUAAACGUUCAUGCACUAUGGUCACCUUCUUUUCAAGUCAAAAGCAAAUACUACGGUGUCUUCACUAAGGACUCAAGCUCAGAUUCACUUCUUUCUCAGCUGUGUUCAGUAUCCUGAUCAGCUCUGCUACCAAAGUUGCCGUUUUUUCCCAUUUUUACAGUAAGACUGUUUAGCUAUACUAUAACCCCCCUUCUCCCUCCCCUAGACCUACAGCUGUUUGAAGAUUGGGUUCUUGAAUUGUGAGUCUCCUUGGCCGCUCUCUAAUCGUCUUUCUUCUUCUGGCUCCUCUGCUAUAACCGACAAAGAAUGUAAAGACCAGGGUGAAAUUCCAGUCUCAUAGGAAACAACAGAAUUAUUGCUGCAGUCAUCCACUGAGGGGAUUUCAGCCUAGCUUUCAGGACACGAUCAGUCUGCAGCCCAGCUCCAAAGCAGUUGGAUAUCAAUUACUGUUGGAUCCUUGUAAACAGCUUCUGUUCUGCUUUCAAAGAUUGUAAUGCACCACAUAACUGUGGCUGCUAACCUUUUUAAAGUUAAGGUGUGUUUUUUUUUUUUAAUCAACAUGAAUUGCUUUUUCAUAGUGUAUGCAUUAGUAAUAUUUACGUUAAAUUCCAAUGUGUUUUUUUUUACUUGCUGUGCAUAAGGUAUGAACUGUAGUCAUUACUGUAAUUAUAUAAAUAGAAUUUAUUCAUUUGAAAAUGUCUGAUGGUCUCCUGAUACAGCGUCUGUCUUACAUAUCCCAGAAGGGCAGUGAAAAGUCCAUUAACGUGCAGUUAUACGGUGUCUGAUUACAGGUGGGCUUUUAUUUUCCCCUUUAUUUAGCUGGGAUUUAUAAGAAUUCCAAUAAUUCUUAUGGUUCACUUAUACAGUAAACAGCGGGGUCAUGACCAGUAA